AAGGAAAGCAAAGUUUUGGAAGCGUUCCGAAUCUUCGUCUUUUUUUUUUUUUUAGGUUUAAAUUUCGGGCUGGCUUUUCUGUAUUUAAAUCGAGACGGAAUUCCCCAUCGCGCCUGUUAAUUAUUAAAGGAACAAAUCCUCUGAUUUCUCAGGGAAUCCUUUCAUUUUUUGAAGAUCACUUUGAAAUCAAAUUGUCAAAGCUAGAAGAAAUGUCAUCUAAAUCUGACUGGUUAACUAAUCUGCAUAAAGAGCAGGAAGGACUGACCUGCACGGAAGAGAAAAUUGAGUUCACUAUUUUCAAGUCAAACUGAGAAGAGAAAAUGGCAGAAUUGGACGAACGGCUGUGCCGGUUACAAAAUGAAUUCAAAAAAUUGAGAGUCGACUCCGGAGGGGCCAGAAGACACGGAAAGUCGCCCAAGUACGGUGCCUCGACCAGACAUGGGGCCAAGGACUGCGUCCCCAACAAGACGUCGAGAAGUGCAGCCCUUCGACACCUUGCUUGCCCCGAAGCCGUCCACCGUCUCUUUCAGAUUCCGGACCGUCCUACCCGGACAGACGGAGGUGCCACACACACGGGUUUUGGGAGGGAGGAAGGGAGGCCAUCCAGUGGCCCGUCGGGAGCCGAGACGUCGGACGGAGGAGAAAAGAGUCGUGAGCUGACAUGUUCUCGACAGGCAAGAAUGGACGAUGUCACUGUCGACGAAUUGGCAGGAUAUUUCGACAAUCUGGUAUACAUCCCGCGUAAGAUGUCACACAUGGCAGAGAUGAUGUACACGUAGAAACUGGUCCCGAGGAAAUUUACAAAAAACUCUUUAUUUGGAAAUACAUCUGUAUUACAAUCGUCGAUAGCAAUAAAAUGACAAUUUAAAUCAC